GUUCGCCUCUCCCUCUCUCCCUCUUUCCCUCUUUCUCUCUGUGAUAUUCUCACAACUGCAAACUAUUAACAUGACGUUUUAUCUUCCAUGGUGCCAUAGCCUACUAUUCGUUACUCUGCUUUCGUUCUUGUCCUAUUAAACCAUCAGACAACACAUGACUUGGAACCCUAAGAGACUUACGCGCAAGGAAACGAGAUACUUGGGAGGAACAUGGCCGAAACAAAAGGCCGCCCUAAUUACGAUCUUUCCUCGUUCUUGACCUUCACUCUUCCAAAAGUCGAGCAAGAUGCAAAUUCUGCAGAACUAUCAGCGGUGCCGCCAAAAGGAGAGCCUAUCCAGGAUUCUGACAAGCAGCAGGAAAGCCAGAGCCCAGACUCCGUACCUCCAGCGAACGUAGAAAGCGAAGAUCUAAUAGACUUGGCAAAGUACGGGCCGCCGGAUGCCUUGGUCAGGCUCAACCAGGUCGUCCCUUCACAAGUCAAGGCAGUCAUCGACAGCUCCAUCGACAAUAUCCGCGCCCAAGUUGCUGCAGAGACGGAACUGCACAGGCAACAGAAAGAACAAGAGGAGAGGCGGAAGAUCGAAGAGAAAGCCUCGCAAUCUGUGGACGAGAGUAAAAUUUCUGAAACGAACCAAGUAGGACCAGAUGAUACACCGGUCUCAAAUGCUACUUCGAUACACUCCGAUUCUGAAAGCUUUUGCACCGCAUCCGAAGGGCGAACCAUGUCUCUUGAUUCGACUUCAGAGGCUGAGACCGAGGCUGUCAGCCUGGGAGCAGCAACGGAGCAGACCGGUCUGGGCGCAGGCAGCAUGGGCAGGCCCAAGUCAUCGUCAACAUUGGGGCUGCCCCCAAGAAGACGAGAUCUUCUCAAGGCUGUGUUGCAGAAAAUUGGCGAUACCGACACUCGACGUCGUGUCCUUCAUCGGUCUACCGGAGCCCUGCGCCAGUCGGAGGCCCAGUUAAGAGCAAAAUUUAGGCACGCAAGAGAAACUCUACAGCGUCAGGGCGUGGAGUCUAGUGAGUGUAUCUCCUGCUUCGAUGACUUCGCCCCCAAGAACAUGGUUCAACUUCAGUGCCACAAUUACUGCAAGCCAUGCUUCGAAAAUCUAAUAGCGCACUCGAUCGAGACUGAAGCGCAAUGGCCCCCCAAAUGCUGUCUCAAUCCCAUUGAUCACAAAAAAUGUCUCAGACACAUCUCGGGAAAACUCGAGCAGCAGUAUACAAAGAAACGCUUGGAGUAUUCAACACCAAUCGACAAACGAUAUUACUGUCCAAUUCCAGACUGUGGCGUUUUCGUUCCCGUGGAGAAUUCAGAUGCGGCCUAUGGCCGAGCCACAUGCUCCUGGGGCCAUGUGACGUGCGUCAACUGCCGUCAACAGGCACACGAUGAUGCAACCCAGUGUGUCAAGAAUCAAGACAUGAAGCUUGUCCAGAGACUUGCGCAGGAGCAAGGCUGGAAACAAUGCUAUCGAUGUCACACAAUGGUGGAACACAGGACCGCCUGCCGUCAUAUUACAUGCAGAUGUGGCGCCGAGUUCUGUUAUGUGUGCGGUAAAGUCUGGUACACGUGUGGCUGC